AUGGCUGUGACAGGAAAGAAAAUCUUCUUAGAUGAAAAUAUACCGAUGACACCUUUGAGAAACAUUGCUGGCCAACAACACUUGAUCCAGGAUUGCUACUUAAUGAAACCUCUGUCUAAAGGCCAAGCUGAGUUCCCUUUGGCAUAUGUCAUGGUCACCCACAAAGACCUCGAUCCAUUAGAAAGGCUCUUCAGGGCUGUUUACAGGCCUCACAAUGUCCACUGUGUUCAUGCGGAUGAGAAAGCCACCUCGGCUUCCAGAGACGCAGCGGGAGGGCUACUGAGCGGCUUUGCAAGUGUCUUUCCAGCUUCUAGAAGGGAGCCUGUGGUCUACGCCGGCAUUUCCAGGCUCCAGGCUGACCUGAACUACCUGAGAGACCUCAGAUCCCGUUGGUUUUCCUUCGAGCUGUGGACUUGGAUGAGACACUCGCCUCCUCUCCAUAAGCUGACCCUUUACUUUGGCUCCGCCUAUGUGGCCCUUACAAGAAAAUUUGCCAACUUUGUUCUUCAAGACCAGCGAGCCACUGAUUUGCUGGGUGGUCAAAGAGAAACACUACAGUAG